GUUUAUAUUUAAUUAUUUCUUUUAUUUGAUAAAAUUAAUUUGAUUUACUGUUUGUUGAUUACUCAUUUUUUUCUGUUCUCGAUCAUCAGUUCUGUUCUAUUGAGUGAAAACCACAAAGAUAAAUAGUUUUUCUAUUUGAAACCUUAUGGUUUCCACGUGCAACUUAAAUUGAUUGUGUUUAUUUUAUUAAUUCACCAUUGAUUUGUAAUUCGUUUUUAUUGUUGUUAACUAACUAGUUUAAUAUUCUUUCAUUCUAAAUCAACCAUGCAACAUGACGAUGUUAUUUGGAAUACAUUGAGAGCUGGAACUUGUUCUUAUAAGCUUAAGAGCAUAACUCAGGAUUUCUGUAAAAAUGAAUACAAUGUUAUGGGUCUGUGUAAUCGUAGCAAUUGUCCUUUGGCAAAUAGUAACUAUGCUACUGUACGGGAAGAGGAAGGAGUUUGUUAUCUUUACAUUAAGACAAUUGAAAGAGCCGCUUUUCCAGCCAAAUUAUGGGAAAAAAUUCGAUUAUCUAAAGAUUAUCAAACUGCAUUGCAAGAAAUUGACAGACAUUUAAUCUACUGGCCAUUCCAAUCGAAACACAAGUGUAAAAAACGAUAUACAAAAAUUUUUCAAUAUCUCAUGCGAAUGAGAAAAAUGGCCACUAGAAGACAAAAGAAAUUGGUGACAAUGCCGAGGAAGAUUGAAAGAAGAGAAAGAAGAAGAGAAGUUAAAGCCUUAUUAGCUGCGAAAUUGGAUAAUGCGAUUGAAAGGGAGCUUUUAGAAAGGUUGAAACAAGGAACUUAUGGUGAUAUGUAUAAAUUCCCAGAAACUGCUUUCGAUAAAGCCAUGCAAGACGAAGACGCUGACAGUGAAGUCGAAAUCGAAGAUGAACCAAGCACUUCGAAAGAAGCAAAAUCAAAGGAAAAGAAAGUACAGUUUGUUGCUGCCGAAGAUUUUGAGGAAACUGAUUCAGAAAUGGAAGAAUAUUCAGCAACUGAUACUUCAGAAGAUGAAUCAGAAAUGGAAAGUGAAUCAGAGGAAGAAGAAUUAAUCAAAGAAAGGAUCAAGAGGAGUCGACCAAGAGUUGUCAUCGAAUACGAGAAGCCUAAAAUUGCUGAGACAAAGAAAAAUUAAGAAUUUAAUUGUUGAUCAAAAACUAAUUUAAAUUUCUACCUUUUCUUCAAAUUAACCAUUUGAUCAAUUAUAUGCUUUUUAUAUAUUAUAAUAACAGCUACUUCCACGGGAGAUGAAAAUAAAACCAAGACAACAAUCAAAUGUGUCUUGAUCAACUAUUACAA